AUGGAUCAGGAUACCCAAAGGCCUGAGGGCAAGCUGGACUCGCCCAUCUAUAGCUCACACGAGCAGCCCGAAACCAACAGGCGCCUGACCGGCUCCUCCUCUGCCACACCCGCCACCCAAUAUCGCACCUACAAGCGCCGCUGGUUCGGCCUCUUGCAACUAGUCUUGAUGAAUAUUGUGGUUUCCUGGUGUUGGCUCUCAUACGCACCUGUGGCAGACAAAUCCGCCAGCUACUACGGCGUCUCCAAUAAUGACAUCAACUGGAUAAGCAUCGCCUUCUUCUUUUCCUUUGUCGUCGCCACCGUCCCCGCCAUCAUCGCCCUGCAUCGUUCCCCGCGCGUCGCCAUCAUAAUCUCCGCCGUGCUCAUGCUCGUUGGCAACUGGAUUCGCUACGCCGGCUCCAAGCACCGUUCCGGUGGUAACUACGGCUACGCCAUGGGCGGUACCAUUGUCAUUGGCCUCGCUCAGCCUUUUGUUCUCGGCGCGCCCUCGGCCUACUCGGAUCUGUGGUUCACCACCCGUGGCCGCCUCGCCGCCACCGCCGUCACCUCUCUCGCCAACCCCUUUGGCUCCGCCCUCGGCCAGCUCAUCAACCCGCUCUGGGUCUCGUCCACCGGCGACAUCUCCAACAUGGUGCUCUACGUCGCCAUCAUCGCCUCGGUCGCUUGCGUGCCUGCUCUCGCCAUCCCCUCGCGGCCACCCACGCCCCCCGGCCCCACUGGCGAGACGCCGAAGAUUGAGCUCCGCGCCUCGGCCCGCGCCGUGCUCUCCUCCCUUGAGCUUUGGCUCAUGCUCAUCCCCUUCUUCGUCUUUGUCGGCUUCUUCAACUCAUUCAACUCGCUUCUCAACCAGAUCCUUGUCCCCUACGGCUUCACCGACGACGAGGCUGGCGUCGGUGGCGCCGUCUCCAUCGGCGUCGGCAUCGUCACUGCUGCCAUCACCUCCCCCAUUAUCGCCCGCUUCCACAGCCUCAUCCUCUCCAUCAAGAUCCUCAUCCCCAUCCUCGGUCUUUCCUACCUCGUCCUCCUCUGGAUGCCCGAGACCCAUGAUGCUGGUGGCGUCGCCGGCCCAUACGUCAUCAUGGCCGUCCUCGGCGCCUCCAGCUUCGCCCUCGUCCCCGUCGCGCUCGAGUUCCUCACAGAGGUCAGCCACCCGCUUGGCCCAGAGGUCACCUCCACCGUUGCUUGGGCCGGCGGCCAGAUCUUCGGCGCCGUCUUCCUCAUCAUCGGCAACCACCUCGUCGACGGCGAAAACGGCGACCCCCCGCACAACAUGAAGCGCUACCUCAUCUUCCAGGCUGUCGUUUGCAUGGUCAUCGUCCCCGUCCCGCUCAUGCUCGGACUCUUUGGCCGCAAGGAAAAGGUUGUCCUGCGUCGCUUCAAGGGCGACACGGCACCCAGCGAGUCGUCUCUCAGCCAGGCCUAA